AUGCUCAAGAAGGAGUUGCCCUGGCUUUCCUUUGAGCGCUUCCUCGCCUCCGAUGGGUCGAAAAUGACAAUCCCCGAAGAGGAUAUCGCACUCAAGUGGAGCACGUCCAGAAACGCCUUGUUUGCCGAUUAUUUCGAGUGGGUCUUUGAGGAUGGAAGCCCUUGGAUGUGGGCCGCUGAUGCCCCAGAAGAGGAUGAUGACUGGAUCUUCCAGGAAGAGGGGCCAGAAUUCAGCUAUGUGCGUGAUGCACCCGGCUUUGAGAGUCAGCCGCCUCGAACGGGCAUCGUCACAAAGAAGUCCACCGGAGAGAAGUUGAAGGUGCGUCUGGCGUUUGCGCAGCGUUUCCGUGACGGCCAGGAGCAGUUGAUGUCUGGCGGCGAGCGUGGCUGUGCCCACUCACAUCUGCGUCUUUGGCGCCUCGCCGCUGAGCGAGAGCAGCCUUCACUGGUUUUGGAGGACGACGUGCACUUAACCUUUGAUCGCAAUGGCGAUUUGGGCAAGAUGAAGGGCAAGGUUUUCACAGACCGAUUAGCCCAAGCCCUCCAGCGUGUUCCUUCAGAUUUUGACGUGCUCUACUUGGGCUGGUCAGGAUGGAGAGGUGGGAAUUUCAAACACAUGCAGGAGGGCGACUACGGGCUGUUGCCGGAAGAUCGGAUUUUUGUCCAGAAGGCGGAGUAUGUGUGGACAACGGUUGCAUAUGUCCUUUCACAGGCCGGUGCAAAGAAAUUGCUUUCCGCAGCCAGCAACUCUGUCAACCAGCCGGUUGACAACUUCAUGGCAUACGAGGCCAGCCAGGGGAAGCUGAACUCCUUCGUUUGCCUUGACGAGGGUGACGAGGACAGCACAUGGGCUGGCGGAAUAGUUGAUCAGUUUGACUUUCAGGGUGACUCAGACAUCAAAAAGCCUGUGCCUAAAGUUACCCGUCUGAUGGCGGUCACCAAGGUGAUGAUGCUAACGAGUUCGCAGCAUCCUGAUCUAGGCUUCGUUUCCUUGCUGAGGGGCAAGGGGCGCGUGCCCAUAGUGCCCUGGGAAUCAGAUGGGUUCAAGUUGUUCGAGCUGCACUGCUUGGAGCGCUUCCUUGCGGGGAUUGCUAGCGCCAGUGUGAAGGGCAUGUCGUUCUAUGCUACGAAGCCUUGGGUGCUGGAUUGGUGCUUGGUCAAGGAGCUAGAGGUCCCAGCGAUGUGUGCGGUUUUCGUGACGGAGGGGAUCAUUGUGGCGUCUGCGGAUACGUAUGCCCUUGACUUGGCCACUGCCGGAGUCAAGCAGUCACAGGAUGGCGAAACCAUAGUUUGGGCUGAAGGCAGAUGUGUCGCUGUGGUAAAGGGCCGCGCGGCCAGAUAUUCAGCUCCGUUCCUCCUCACCACCAGUGAGGAGCUUCCUCGUGUUUGGACGGGGCGGGGCAGUGAGGAGCUAUCACGUGCCAAGCUUUCGCUUGAAGGCCUGCGCCAUUCUUCGGUCAAGAGUGACUUACAACAGCACUGCGUUCAGUUCUCCUUCAGCCUUGGUCGUGGCGGCAUUCGCUGUCUUGCCGCGGGCAACGCUGUCCCGGUGGGCAUCGGAUACGACGAUGGAUUUGUAGCGUUGUGUCAGCGCACCAAGGCUUGGCAAGGGGCGCUUGGGCCCGGAGUUGCCACCGUGACUGAUCAUCAGGCACGGUCCGUGUCGCUGCGUCCGGAGGGCAGCGCAAACAUGUUUGUCAUUGCCGGGCUUUUCGUUUCUCCAGCUGCCGCGAUAGGCUGUUUUUCGCGAGGCAUUGGAAAAGAAGAUGGCAAAUUGCUGGGGCUCCAAGGUGCUGCUCAGCUUGAAUUCUACGACUGGUGUCAAGUAUUGUUCAAGAUCGACGUUCUGGCCAUAGGAUUGAGUUGGUUGGAGCCUGUCCGCAAUUGGCUUGAUGAUUGUCACGUCAACCUCUCUCCUGCGCCUGACCUCCAGCACGUGACUACCGCCAAAGUUUUGGAGUUUGACGUUAAGGCCAUGGCGAGGGAGGUCGUCAGCUGCUUGUGGCUGGAACAUGUCAAUAUGUAUCUGGCCGUUGCAGCGGGCACGGGCUAUGAGCUCGUGGCGGCGGGGCGUGAGGAUGGAUGUGGUUUUGACAUGAUGGCUCGGACCGUUGAAUCGUUAGAGCUCUCGAACAUGGAUGCUCUUACAGCCUCCUCGAUCCCAGGCAUUUCGCUGGUUGGCCUGGAUGACGAGCACGAGAGCAGGAGGUGUCCGAAAGCUCCCAAGGCGCCCGACUCACCCAGUGGCGGUUGUUUACAUUACGAGGACAGGCAGCAUGCCGUGGAUGAGGUUGCCUUGGAGGGUGGCGACGGUGAUGCAGUCUACUUCCAAAGAGUCCAGCCUGGUUCCCGUGCCGCCCAGCUCGGCGUUCGAAAGGGUGACGAGGUGUUGCAGGUCAAUCUUGUCGAUCCCGAGAUCCUGUUCUGGCGCCCAGCAGAGCAGAUCCUUCCCGCCAUAGUCGGCCCUGUGAUGCUCAAGUGGCGGAGAAAACCAGAGAAGCCUGGAGAGCGCACCAGGAUUAAUUCGAAGCCUGUAAAGCUGCUAUGGCAUGACGAUGAGGAUGAGCUGGAAGACGCAGUUCCAGAAUAUCCCAAAUCCCGUGCUCAAACUCUCGGGGAUGGCGAGUGGCUUUGCGGUUCUUGCGACGCAAAAAACUUCGAUGUGCAGGAGCUAGCAUUGCCGUCGCUGCGGCCUCCGCGACUCGCGCCUGCCGCUGCCUUUGCAGCGCCAAAGCAGCGAAGCAUCAAAGCAAGCAAAGCAUCGAAAGCGGAUCCGCUUUGCUCCCAGGCCGAAGCGGCCUGGUCCUGCACCGCAGCGGCAUGCGGACCUGAUGAAGAGGUGAGUUUUCACAUCGGGCAUGCCACCAAAAGCCACCCGUUUCUUGCGGAAUUGAUGUUCAUGCCAGCGCCUGCAGUGUUGCCGCCGUCUCUUUCGGCCGUCCGGGUGUUGACAAGGAGGUGCGGGAUGAAUCGCAUCGAGAGCUGUCUUUCUUUGGGUCUUCGCGAGGCAUCCUGCGAGCUCUUGGAGGCGAGUCCAGAUGCCUGUGACGCUGCAUUGCUGGUUGUUGACUCAGAAAGGGACACUGGAUAUUCGGACUGGGCGAUCCAGAUCAAGGCUGGGGUGCUUAAAAUUCUGGCUGUGCGCGCACGCGUGCUUCGAAAGGGGGAGGAAUUCUUGUACACGGCACUAAUGCAGAUGCAGUUUCACUCCGCAACCUCUUUGCAGUCCAGCGAUCACGCGCGCAGCAUUGUGGCUGCCACUCUCGUCAUUGCGGUAGAGGCAGCCGCCAAGGAAGAGGCUAUCAAGGUCAUCGUGGGCCUGGAGCAGUCCAAGCAGGCCGAACUGGCGCAAAUCAUCCAGCAGCUUAUGCAAGCGACAUCUCAAGGCGUGGCCGAGAAGAAGCCGAAACAAGUUGAAGCUGAUGAGAACCCACUGGAGCUAGUCCGACGCCUGAGCCAAGCAGCUUUUGAGCGACGCUUCAGCGAUGUGCAGAUUGCCGGCAAUGAUCCCCACAUCAUUGAGCCUUUGAAGGCCGAGGCAAGAGAACUGCAUCGAGAACUGGAGCGAUACUCCACCACUUACCUUGAAGUUCAGAAGGCCCAAAAAGCUUUGGCCAGCAAAGUGGCAGAUGCCAAGGCCCAGCUCUGCAGCGAAGCGGAUCGAUGCGUGGACCUCCUGCAGGAGCUCGACGAGAGGGAAACGGAGCAUCGCUCGCUGUCUCGCGAUCUGACAAGUCUCAAGGAGGAGAUGAAGCACGAAAAUACAGCAGCCUUCAAUCACCAGGAGGCCUUGAAAAGCCUCGGUGAUGAAAUCGAAGAGGAGAGGCGGCGGUACCGCAGCCUGCAGAUGAACAACAUCGACCUCAAGGCUGAACUCGAUCAAGCACAGCAUUCGUCAUCCAAAGUUGAGACGUCGAGCUGGAAGCGCACAGCCAUGAUGGCCAAGCUGACGCGGUUGCAGGAAAAAGUUCACUGCGAUCGGACUAAGCUGGCAGACUCGCGACGCAGCUUCGAGGUUGAAGAGGCCUGUGCUGCAAGCCUCCGGCAGGAGCUAGAGGAAGCACAGGACCAACUCUCCAGCAGAGAUCAUGAUCUAUCCGCCUGCGAGGAAAGCUAUGCAACCACGGAGGGCAUCUUGCAGCAAGCGGAGUCUGAGCUCGACAGCUGCACCAACGAGUUAAAGGCGAUGACCUCCGAAGAUUUGGACACUCUCCGGCUGGAGAUUGAACGGAAGCGGCAGUCACUUGCACGUGCUGAGCAGGGCAGCGCCGACGCAGUGGCCCAGCGGUCUGCCAUCGGGCAGCAGAUGCCUGAGGUGAGUGCAAUGCUGGAGGACCGGCGUCUGGCUGCGGAGCGUGCAGUUGAUGAAGCCGUUGCUGCUGGUGUGGCUGUCACGACGGCCAUGCAAAAGUUGAAUGCUCUCAGUGAUGAAGCGACAGCAGCUGCGCAGGGUUUGGCAGAUCUGGCAACUCGUCAGCCUCGUGCUUCCCUUUCCCUCACAGGCGCUGCAGCAACCUCACUAGCCGCUGAUGCAGACCGUCUCCAAGGUCUUAGCGACGAGAUUGUGGUUGCAAAGGCAGAGACUGCUGAAGCUGAGUUUCAGUCUUCCGAGCUAGGUCAAAAGGUCCAAGAGAUGAAGUCUUCAAAGGCCAAAGCAUGGAUGGUUCUCCAGCAGCUGCGUAAGGCGCACGAAGCUGAGCCUCAGCAGGCCGUGGCAGCACACGAUCUUGAUACCUCGGAGGCUUCUGUCACCUGCGCCGUGUCGAGCAAUGGCAGCAAAGUAUCGCAUUUGCGCGAAGAGAUGCUGCACGUUGAGGCAGAGGAAGAGUGUGAAGAGGAGUAUGUGGCAUCCAGGAGAGAGCGAGCACUGGCUAGCGAGAACAGAUGCCAGCUUCUGCAGGAGGAGCUGCGCGCUGCAGCUUCUACUGCCGAAGCAGCUGCUGUGGAAGAGACGAGCUUGGAAGCAGAGAUUGAAGCAGAAGCUGCCCUGGUGCUGGAAGCGGAGUCUGAGGCGAGACAUCUAGAGGAUGAGAAGACUCUUGGCGUUUCUGCCGCAGGCGCCAGCUUGCAGUGCGAAGAGCUGGACGCAGAAGAGAAGGCAGACUUCUCUGUCAUGGUGAAGCGUUCGCGUGCCGCCGCAACCGGCACUAGGGCUGCCAAAGAUGCUGCAGCAACGAGACUGCAGGCACGCCAACGUGGAAUCAUGGCGAGGUCAAGACUGGCCUCCCUGCGAUGCUCGCGAUCCGCCCAGGAUGCCAGCUCCGUCGGGAAGGAUCUGAGCUAUCAGCGUCCGCGGCCUCUGCCACCCGCGCGUCGAGAGGAGCGUGAAGCUGCCGCCAUCAAGCUGCAAGCCCUGGAGCGUGGCAUUUUAGCGCGCUCACGCGUGCAGCGCAUGAGGGAGUCUCGGUGGUCUCAGGCUCGCACGAGUGCCCAGGACAGGGGCGGCGCGACAAACUCAGAUGCUUUGCAGGCAGCCUGGGCAGUGGAGAAAGUCAGAAGCAAGGCUUCCAAGAAGUCACGCUCAGCUCCUGGUGAACCUACGCCCAGGUUAUCCUCUCGCGGAUCCGUAACAGGGCAGGGGCCCAGCGCUGAGCUGCUUGAGGAGCAAAUCCAGCUCCGUGAGCAGGAGCUGGAGCACAGAGAGGUAACUGCCAGCGAGGCGGAGGCCGCUCACGCCAGAGAGAUGGCCCUGAUGGCUUCAUCUUUGCACCGCCUGGGUAUGCGCUACGGCAGGUUGUUGGGGCAGUGCCAGGCGCUGGAGGCCUUGGUUCCGGAACGAGUCCGUCGAAUGCGAGAAGACGGGACCCCGUCAUCAGAACAAAGGGCCGACACGCGAUAG